UGUGCUGUUUUGUGGUCCACAAAAGGUGCCAUGAGUUUGUCACCUUCUCUUGCCCUGGAGCCGACAAAGGCCCCGACACAGAUGACCCCAGAAGCAAGCACAAGUUUAAGAUCCACUCGUACGGCAGUCCCACGUUCUGCGACCACUGUGGCUCCCUCCUCUAUGGACUCAUCCACCAGGGGAUGAAAUGCGACACCUGCGACAUGAACGUACACAAUCAGUGUGUGAUGAACGUGCCAAGCCUGUGUGGGACAGACCACACGGAGCGCAGAGGACGCAUCUUCCUCAAGAUCGACGUCAGCGGAGACAGGCUACAUGUCACAGUGGGGGAAGCCAGAAACCUGAUCCCCAUGGACCCUAACGGUCUGUCUGACCCCUACGUGAAGCUCAAGCUCAUCCCUGACCCCAAGAACGAGACCAAACAGAAGACCAGGACCAUACGCUCCUCACUCAACCCCACCUGGAAUGAGUCUUUCAGCUUUAAGUUAAAGGUAAUGGAUAAGGACCGUCGUCUGUCUAUAGAGGUGUGGGACUGGGACCGUACCACCAGGAACGACUUCAUGGGCUCAAUGUCGUUCGGUGUGUCUGAACUCAUCAAGUCCCCCGCCUGCGGCUGGUACAAGAUGCUGUGCCAGGAGGAAGGGGAGUACUACAACGUUCCCAUCCCUGAGAUCGACGACGUCAACAUGGAGCUCAGGCAUAAGUUUGAGAAAGCCAAGCUGGGCCAUGGGAAGAAAGUGAUUACGCCAGCGGACCACAGGCGGUUCAGCUCGGACCGCACCAUGCCCGGAAUGGACCGUGUCCGACUCAGUGACUUCAACUUUCUGGCUCUGCUGGGGAAGGGCAGCUUUGGCAAGGUGAUGCUGGCAGAGAUGAAGUCCACAGAGGAGCUGUACGCCGUCAAGAUCCUGAAGAAGGACGUGGUGAUCCAGGAUGAUGAUGUGGAGUGUACCAUGGUGGAGAAGAGAGUCCUGGCCCAGAGAGACAAACCACCGUUCCUCACUGCACUCCACUCCUGCUUUCAGACUGUGGAUCGUCUGUACUUUGUGAUGGAGUAUAUUAAUGGAGGGGACCUCAUGUACCACAUUCAGCGUGUGGGCAAGUUCAAGGAGCCACAGGCAGUGUUCUAUGCUGCAGAGAUCGCUGUGGGCCUGUUCUUCCUGCACAGAAAGGGUGUUGUAUACAGGGACCUCAAAUUGGACAACGUGAUGCUGGACUCUGAGGGCCACAUUAAGAUAGCAGACUUUGGCAUGUGUAAGGAGAACAUGUAUGAAGGCAUGGUCACACGCACUUUCUGUGGUACCCCCGACUAUAUCGCCCCAGAG